GUUUCCACGCUGAGUGUUUGAGUAGAAGGAGCCGCUGGUUUCCGCUCCGCUGAUGGCGAAUCGCUGCUUCCUGCGGUAUCGGGAGGAGGUUUAGAUCCUGCAGUGGAAGCGCAGCGGUACUUCGGGAUUCAGCUUUAACGUUUUCUCGUCGAGUCACGUCCACGGAGGAGCUACUGAAGGAGGAGGGAAAGCAGGAAGGGAAGAUAGCAGGAAGAUGGCGGCGGCGGCGGCCUCGCCAGGCUCGCCGGACUGGGUCGUGCUGAGAGACGGCUGCCUGCGCUGCGAUGAGGAGGGCCUACGGAGUCUGUCCUACCACCCGGCCCUCAACGCCAUCCUGGCCGUCACCAGCCGGGGCAGCAUCAAAGUUAUCGACGGCACCUCUGGGGCUAUUUUACAGGCCUCGGCUAUGCACGCUAAACCUGGGGGCCGGGUGAGGUGUCAGUACUUCCCAGCCGUGGAUAAGGUGCUGUUUGUGGACGAUUACGCUGUUGGCUGUAGGAAGGACUUGAAUGGGAUCCUUCUUUUGGACACUGCUCUCCAGGCUCCUGUGUCCAAGCCAGAAGACAUGGUGCAGCUGGAGCUGCCUGUUACUGAGGCCCAGCAGAUGUUGUAUGCAUGUAUGGAGAAGGUGGAUGUUUCCAACAUAGAGGGCUACGAUCUCUUUCUCACCCAGCUCAAAGAAGGCCUGGAGAAUACCUCACAUGAGACGGCGGCCAAUCACAAAGUGGCAAAGUGGGCAACCGUGACCUUCCAUCUCCCUCAUCACGUGCUAAAGGUGGUAACGAGUGCCAUCGUGAAUGAGUUGAAAAAGUUGAAUCAAAAUGUUGCAGCCCUGACGGUCGCCUCUUCGGUCAUGGACAGACUCUCCUACCUCUUACCAAGUGGCAGGCCAGAGCUUGGUGUUGGACCCGGGCGCUCUGUAGACAGGUCUUUGAUGUACAGUGAAGCUAACAGGAGAGAGACGUUCACAUCCUGGCCUCAUACUGGCUACAGGUGGGCUCAGCCUGAUCCCAUGUCCCAGGCAGGCUUUUAUCACCAGCCUGCAUCCACAGGUGAUGACCGGGCCAUGUGCUUCACCUGCAGCGUGUGUUUAGUGUGCUGGGAACCUACAGAUGAGCCCUGGUCUGAGCAUGAGCGCCACUCGCCCAACUGUCCGUUCGUAAAAGGGGAGCACACCCAAAACGUUCCGCUAUCCGUCACCUUGGCCACCAGCCCAGCCCAGUUUCCUAGUGCAGAUGGUUCAGAUAAAAUCGUGUGCUAUGGGUUUGGUAGCUGCCCUCAUUUCCUUGCUACGGCAACCAAAAGGGGGAAGAUUUGCAUCUGGGAUGUUUCGAAGCUUAUGAAGGUGCAUUUAAAGUUUGAGGUGAACCCAUAUGACCCAGCCAUCUUGAGGCAGCUGAUCCUGUCCGGCAGUGAGCAGCAGAGUCUCACAGGCACAGAAUCACGAAGGCCCACACUCUCCUGGCUAGAGGAGGCCACCUGCUGCUCUGACUUACCCAAACUAGAGGGGGACAGUGAUGACCAGAUAGAGGACUCGGACAGCGAAGAGCAUUCCAGAUCAGAGUCGGUCACAGGCCCACUGGGUCAGAAAGAGACAAUGGAGGUGAGUUUGGGAGUCACGGCUCUCAGUGUCCUACAGCAGCCUGAGAAGUUGCAGUGGGAGGUGGUGGCCAGUGUGCUGGAGGACACAGUUAAAGACCUGGAGGAGCUUGGGGCCAACCCCCCGCACUCACUGGGCCCCCCAAAAGCCGACAAGGCUAAGGAGAGGCCAGCCGAGCACCACAACAUUCCCUUCCCCUGCCUGCUGGCCGGCGGACUGCUAAGUUACAGGUCAGCAGAUAGUUCUCCACUAGGUCCCCCUCCGUCUCGACGCUCCAUGGAUAGCCCAGUAAGGACUGCUGCCCCUGAGGGGCUUGCUCCGGACCAGGGUCCCAUGGAGAUCGGGUCCUGUAAUCUCCCCACAGACCUGGGCUCCCCAAACCUACCACCAGCCACCCCUGUGCAUAGGACUAUGCCUGUACUACUCCUGUACAGCAUCAAGGAAGCAGAUGAGAAGUCUUCAGGGAAGGUGUUCACCCAGAUGAACAACCUGAUGAGCAAAGGGCUUCACGAGGAGGGCUUCACUGUCCCGCAGAUUAUCGAGAUGGAGUUUGACUCGCAUGAGCAGCUGCUGCUGCAGGACCCUCCCAUCACAUAUAUCCAGCAGUUUGCGGAUGCAGCAGCUGGGCUCGGACCUCUGGAUGGGGAAAAGUGGAGCUCUCUGGCUCCACGGCCGGGCUCUCUGGUGCAGUGCUUGCGGUUGCCAAAAGUAUUGGAGGAAGAGAACCUGUACGUUGACUCCAUCACGCCCUGCAGCGAUGGAUUACACUUGUUAGUUGGUCUUCAACCGUGCUCCGUAGAGUCCCUUAGCGCUAUCAAUCAAGUGGAGGUGUUAAACACACUUAACCGUCUGCAUUCGGCCCUCUGUGGCCAUCGCAAAGGACAGACACUGGCCAAUGGCCAUGACGCCCACUCGGGCACCUCUCCUCCACAGACCCCUCUCAUCCUGCCCCCUCAUGACCAGCAGCAGCCCCAUACUUACAGACCUCUAGGGGCCAGUGGUGGUGGCGGAUACCUUGCACUCUACAAGUUGAAUUACUCCACCCGCAUUGUGACCCUGGAGGAAGAACCAGUGAAGGUGCAGCAGAUUCGUGACACACGGGAUGCUGUCACGUCUCUCCUCCUCCUGCCACCAGAUGUGCUGGAUGGCAGAGAGGAUGAUGGAGAGGAAAUGUCUGAGGAGUCGACACCUUCAGGGCUCAAAAAUGGCACGGGGAUGGUUGCAUCUGCAGUGACAGCUGGCCCAAGCAUGGGAACUGCCGCUGGGAAGGAGAAGAGAGGAGAGGUGGCCGGACUUGGACACCUGGUGGUGACUACACAGGCGGGUUACAUCAUGAUUCUAGACUUGUCCACCCUAGAGGUGCUGGCCAAGGUGGAGCCACCCAAGAAAGAGGGGACAGAGGAGGUGGACCCCUUCGUCUCUGUUACCUACUGCUCAGGCACUGACCGGCUGUGUGCCUGCACAAAAGGUGGAGAGCUUCAUUUCCUUCAAAUUGGAGGUGUGUGUGAUGAUAUCGAUGACGCCGACAUUUUUGUCGACGGCCCCCUGUCUAAUAGGGCAGAGCAACUACUGGACGGAGCAAAGCCCACAUCAAAUCCUUCAAGCCCAGGUAUCACAGGAGUUGACCUCCUAGUGGACCAGCCAUUGACCGUAGAGAGACUUUCAUCUCUGGUGGAACUAACACGUUUUGAAACGCUGACGCCACGCUUCUCGGCAACAGUGCCCCCUUGCUGGGUGGAGGUGCAGCAAGAACAGCAGCAAAGGCGGCAUCCGCAACACCUUCACCAGCAGCACCACGGCGAUGCUGCGCAACACACACGCACCUGGAAACUACAGAGUGACAGCUCCAGCUGGGACGAGCACGUGUUCGAGCUGGUCUUGCCCAAAGCCUGCAUGGUUGGACAUGUGGACUUCAAGUUUGUGCUAAACAGCAGUAUUACUAACAUCCCACAAAUCCAGGUCACACUGCUGAAGAACAAAGCACCAGGCCUGGGCAAAGUGAAUGAGACAGCAGUGGACAGGCAGAUUGUUUUCCCCUUGUCUCAUGUCCUGCACUCAAAUGGAGAGAAGAAUGGACAAUCUCACCUGCACGAUUUCUCAGAGGACAUCCAGUUCAUGGACAUCGAGGAGGCGCCAGGCUCCAGGCUGUGUCCGUUCCUGCAGGAGCACAAAGAUGAUAUCUUGUGUGGGCCGGUGUGGUUGUCCAGUGGACUGGAUCUGUCUGGACACGCAGGGAUGCUGAGUCUUACAAGUCCCAAACUCCUCAAAGGCAUGGCAGGGGGAAAAUAUCGUUCGUUCUUGGUGCAUAUUAAAGCAGUGAAUGAUAAAGGUCUGGAUGAGAGCUUGAGGCCGGUGGUGCGGAUGACUUCAGCCAAACCUCACAGUAGUAAAGCUCACUCGCUCUCAUCCCUGCUGCAGAGGGCUCAGGCCACAAAGGUACAAGUGCAACGCUGUGCAAUGCUUCAGUUUCCUGAGCUCCAUGAAAAGCUGCUAAGAGGUUUGUGUAAGCGUGGAGAAGACGGGCAGAGUUCAGAACACUGUCAGAGUCUCAUUUUGGACAUCCUCUGCUGGCUGGCAGGGGUUUACUCCAACGGACCCUGCAGUUUGAGAGAGGGAAAGGAGGGGCUUUUGACUAAAACUAGGAGACGGCUGACAGACAUCAUCAGGGCAUGUUUCUUUGAGGCUGGACGCAGUAUAGCUCAUAAAUGCUCUCGCUUUCUUGCACUUUGUAUUAGUACCGGUAAAGGAGACCCCAGUCAGCAGGGUUUUGGCCAGGCUCUGUUUAAAGCUCUUCUGGAUAAUAUGCCUUAUUUGCCUGCUGCUGCCACAGGAGGAUCUGUCUUUUGGUACUUUGUCCUGUUAAAUUAUGUGAAAGAUGAGGACCUGGCCGACUGCAGUACCGCUUGCGCCUCUCUGCUCACUGCUGUCUCUCGGCAGCUGCAAGACCGCCUGACUCCACUUGAGGCGCUGUUGCAGACCAGAUAUGGUCUGUAUGGGUCUCCAUUUGACCCCGUACUGUUUGACCUGGAGGUGAGCGGGUCUUCCUGUAAGAAUGCCUACAACAGCAGCAUUGGGGUCCAGUCGGAUGAGAUUGACUUGUCCGAUAUUCUCUCAGGUAAUGGGAAGGUGAACAGCAGUGGGGCAGCAGAGGGCAGUUUUACUGCUCUAACCGGCCUGCUGGAGGUCGAACCCCUGCACUUUACUUGCGUCUCCACCAGUGAUGGCACCAGGGUGGAGAGGGAUGAUGCAAUGAGCACCUUUGGCGUGACACCCACAAUGACAGGGCUGUCUGCUGGGACGGUUGGCGAGGCGUCAACGGCCCUUAGCUCAGCUGCACAGGUGGCCCUGCAGUCUCUGUCUCAUGCAAUGGUGUCUGCCGAACAGCAGCUUCAAGUUCUUCAGGAGAAGCAGCAACAGCUUCUGAAACUCCAGCAGCAGAAGGCGAAGCUGGAGGCCAAACUUCACCAAACCACCUCAGCGGCAGCCACCGCAGCAUCAGGCAUUGUCAACUCUGCGCCAUCCAACCCAUCCUCUGCCCCAGGCUUCUUCAUCCACCCCUCUGACGUCAUCCCGCCCACCCCUAAAACUACACCGCUGUUCAUGACGCCUCCUCUCACCCCACCGAAUGAGGCAGUGUCUGCGGCUAUUGGUGUGGAACUGGCUCAGCUCUUCCCAGGAUCUGUCAUUGAUGCUCCACCUGUGAACCUUUCAGCACAGAAUAAAAACACACAGAAAGCCAAACCAAACCCCAUAGGAAGUGGCCUGGCAUUGGCAAUCUCACAGGCCUCUCACUUUCUACAACCUCCACCACACCAGUCCAUAAUAAUCGAACGAAUGCAUUCAGGUGCUAGACGGUUUGUGACUCUAGAUUUCGGCCGACCGGUGUUGCUGACGGAUGCACUAAUCCCCACAUGUGCUGACUUGGCCUCCCUUUCCAUCGACAUUUGGACUCUUGGGGAGGAGGUGGAUGGGAGGCGACUCGUGGUCGCCACAGAUAUCAGCACACACUCGCUGAUUCUGCAUGACUUGCUGCCACCUCCCGUCUGCAGAUUCAUGAAGAUCACUGUGAUUGGUCGAUAUGGCAGCACUAAUGCCCGGGCUAAAAUCCCAUUGGGUUUUUAUUAUGGCCACACCUAUAUCCUGCCAUGGGAAAGUGAACUGAAGCUGAUGCAUGAUCCUCUGAGGGGAGAGAGCGAAGCUGCCAGUCAGCCAGAUCUGGAUCAACAUUUGUCAAUGAUGGUGGCCCUACAGGAAGACAUUCAGUGCAGGUAUAAUCUGGCCUCUCAUCGACUUGAGACACUACUUCAGAACAUUGACCUGCCACCUCUUAACAGUGCUAAUAAUGCACAGUACUUCCUGCGCAAGCCCGAUAAAGCCGUUGAGGAGGAUUCCCGUGUUUUCUCUGCCUACCAAGAGUGCAUUCAGCUCCAGCUGCAGCUCAACCUGGCGCACCACGCUGUCCAAAGGUUGCGUGUGUCUCUGGGAGCCACCCGGAAACACCUGCCCGAGAACUACGACCCCAGAGAGCUGGUCCAGAACUCUUCUACCGAGCAGCUCAGAACUAUCAUCAGAUACCUGUUGGACACGCUGCUCAGCCUGCUGCACUGCUGUAAUGGUCACUCUGUGCCCUCAGUGUUGCAGAACACAUUUCACGCCCAGGCGUGUGAGGAGCUCUUUAAACAGCUGUGCAUCAGUGGAACUCCUAAGAUCCGUCUGCAUGCAGGUCUGCUGCUGGUGCAGCUGUGUGGAGGCGAGAGGUGGUGGGGCCAAUUCUUGUCCAACGUCCUGCAGGAGCUCUACAACUCCGAGCAGCUGCUCAUCUUCCCUCAGGACAGGGUAUUUAUGUUGCUGUCCUGUAUUGGCCAAAGAUCUUUGGGUAACAGUGGGGUUUUAGAGGGUUUGUUGAACCUUCUGGACACACUGUUAUCGCCUCUGCAACAGACUAGCGCAUCACAGCCCCGCAGGACAGAAGGUGUGUUGGAUAUCCCCAUGGUCAGCUGGGUGGUCAUGCUGGUCUCUCGACUACUCGACUAUGUGGCGAGUGUGGAAGAUGAAGCCACUGCAGCUAAGAAACCUCUGGGGUCUAAAGACAGAGAAAGAUCCUUUACUGGGAACCAGUGGAGUUUCAUAAACAACAGUCUGCAGUCUCAUAACCCAAGCAGAUCUGCCAAAGGCAACAACAGCAGUUUAGAUCGGCUAUAUUCACGCAAGAUCCGCAAACAGCUAGUCCACCAUAAACAGCAGUUGAAUUUAUUGAAAGCCAAACAGAAGGCUUUAGUAGAGCAAAUCGAGAAAGAGAAAAUUCAGAGCAACAAAGGCUCCUCCUACAAGCUGCUGGUGGAACAAGCCAAACUCAAACAAGCCACAUCCAAGCACUUUAAAGAUCUGAUCCGUUUGAGGCGGACAGCCGAAUGGCCACGCUCUACCUUGGACUCAGAGGCGUCAGUGGCAAAAGAGACCCCUGAGGUGGAGCUCCUGCCCUUCACGCUAUCUCACGAGCGCUGCAUCUGCGUCGUCCAGAAGCUCGCUCUCUUCCUCCUCUCCAUGGACUUUACCUGUCACGCAGACCUGCUACUGUUUGUCUGCAAGGUAUUGGCCAGAAUAGCAAAUGCAACACGACCCACAAUCCACCUGUGUGAGGUGGUUUCAGAGCAGCAGCUGGAGAGGUUACUGCUGUUACUGGUGGGAACGGACUUCAACCGCGCGGACAUCUCAUGGGGCGGAGCCUGGGCCCAGUACUCUCUCACCUGCAUGCUGCAGGACAUUCUUACAGGAGAGCUAUUGUCUCCGGUGUGUGUGGAUGGGAUGGAGGGGGCGGGGGCUGAUGAGGCUGGGGCCGCCUCUUCCUCUGUAGUGGUGGAUUCCGAUGACUCGCUCCCCCAGCCGACCCCCAUCCCACUGGUGGAGACCAUCGAUGAGCCUCUGGGACCCGAUAUCAUCGCAGGUGCUUCUCCACUGUCAUCUUUGGAAAAAGAUAAAGACAUUGACUUUGACUUGCUACAAGACUUGAUGGAUGUUGAUAUUGAUCCUUUAGAUAUUGAUUUGGAAAAAGAUCCACUCGCCGCCAAGGUUUUCAAGCCGAUCAGUAGUACCUGGUACGAUUACUGGGGUGCUGACUACGGCUCAUACAGUUAUAACCCCUACACAGGGGGUGUGGGCAUACCUGUGUCCAAACCCCCUGCGGCUGCCACGACAGAGAAGCCUGGAUCUCAGAACCUCUCAGUGUCUGUGUCUCAGGCACUGGACGCUCGACUGGAAGUGGGAUUAGAACAGCAGGCAGAACUCAUGCUGAAGAUGAUGGCAACACUGGAGGCAGACGCAAUACUGCAGGCGCUAACGUCCACAUCUCCUUCUGUGACCCAGUCUGCAAACGGGACAGAUGACUCUCUUUUGCGUGGAUUCCAUAGCUCUCCCCCCAGUAGCAGUCUGAUGGUACAAGCCUCUUCCAUCCCCAUGUUGAGCACCUGCUUCAACAAACUCUUCUCUUUAUUGCAAGUGCAUCAUGUUCAGUUGGAGUCUUUGCUGCAGCUGUGGUUGACUCUGAGUUUGAGUUCCUGCUCUGAGGAGAGUGGCUCAGACAUCUUCCUCUUUAACGCCAGCAGAGUGCCCACAAUCCCCCUUAACCAAGCCUCCAUCAGCAGUUUCCUGUCAGUGUUGGCCUGGUACCCCAACACCUCUCUGAAAACAUGGUGUCUUGUACUGCACAGUCUCACCCUCAUGACUAAUAUGCCUGCUAGUGCCUCCAGCAGUGGGAUAGGUGUGCAGGAGAGCACAGCCCAGCAGAUGGUGUCUGACCCCACACUUGUGCACGUGCUUGUGCGCUUCCUAUCUGGAGGGAACCCUCAUGGCACCAGCCAGCACAGCUCACAGGUCGGCCCCACUGCAACACAAGCCUUGCAGGAAUUUUUAACCAGGUUGCAGGUGCACCUGUCCUCCACAUGUCCACAGAUGUUCAGCGAAUUCCUGCUUAAACUGUUGCACAUCCUGUCAACGGAGAGGGGUCCAUUCCAGUCUGGUCAGGGUCCAUUAGAUGCACAGGUGAAGCUUUUGGAGUUCACCCUGGAACAAAACUUUGAAGUGGUUUCUGUGACCACCAUCUUGGCUGUCAUUGAAUCCGUCACCUUUCUGGUUCACCACUACAUCACUUGCUCAGAUAAGCUGGUCUCACGCAGUGGUUUGGACAGUUCUGUGGGUGCUCGUGCCUGUUUCGGGGGCCUGUUCGCCAAUAUCAUUCGCCCCGGCGAUGCGAAGGCUGUGUGUGGCGAAACCACACGAGACCAGCUGAUGUUUGACCUCCUGAAGCUGGUCAAUGCUUUGGUGAUGCUGCCACUGUCAGGUGAUCGGGAGUUCAGUGGGAGGCUGCCUCCAGCGGGUGGAGCCACUGACAGCGUGUCUGAUGAAGAAAAAGUGUGUGGAAGCAAAGAGUGUGGGGCGGCAGGCACAGCUCAGCACCAGGGACCAGCUGCGGGUGUGGCAGACCUGGUUUUGGCCAAUCAGCAGAUUAUGAGUCAGAUCUUGUCGGCAUUGGGGCAGUGCAACAGCAGUGCCAUGGCCAUGAUAAUUGGUGCUAGUGGGCUCCACCUAACCAAACAUGAGAACUUUCAUGGUGGGUUGGAUGCCAUCUCGGUGGGCGAUGGCCUCUUCACUAUCCUGACUACUUUGAGUAAAAGAGCCACAUCUGUCCAGGUCAUGCUGCAGCCCAUUCUCACUUACAUGGCCUGUGGGUAUAUGGGCCGACAGGGGUCUCUAUCAACAUGUCAGCUCUCUGAGCCUUUACUGUGGUUUAUUUUGAGAGUGCUUGACACCAGCGAGGCUUUGAAAGCCUUCCAUGACAUGGGUGGUGUGCAGCUCAUCUGUAACAACAUGGUCACCAGCACACGAGCCAUCGUGAACACAGCACGCAGUAUGGUGUCCACUAUCAUGAAGUUCCUGGACUCUGGGCCUGGUAAAGCAGCAGAUGGCAGCCUGAAAGCACGAGUGCUUACCUCAGAACCAGACAAUGCAGAAGGACUGCACAACUUCGCCCCUCUUGGCACCAUCACCUCUAGCAGUCCCACAGCACAGCCAGCGGAAGUGCUGCUGCAGGCCACACCCCCACAUCGACGGGCCCGUUCUGCCGCUUGGUCCUACAUAUUCCUUCCUGAAGAGGCCUGGUGUGAUCUCACCAUCCACCUGCCCGCUGCCGUUCUGCUCAAAGAGAUUCACAUACAGCCGCACCUGGCAUCCCUCGCUACAUGCCCAUCCUCAGUGUCUGUGGAGAUCAGCGCAGACGGUGUAAACAUGCUUCCCCUGUCGACCCCAGUCGUCACUAGUGGUCUCACGUACAUUAAAUUCCAGCUGGUAAAGGCAGAGGUGGCAUCUGCCGUGUGUUUGAGGUUGCACCGGCCGCGGGAUGCCAGCACACUGGGCCUCUCACAGAUUAAGCUACUGGGUCUGACUGCUUUCGGAAACACUUCCUCUGCCACUGUAAACAAUCCUUUCCUGCCCUCUGAGGACCAGGUCUCCAAAACCAGUAUUGGCUGGUUACGGUUGCUGCAUCAUUGCUUGACUCACGUUUCUGAUCUGGAGGCCAUGAUGGCCAGUGCUGCCGCUCCCACAGCAAACCUCCUGCAGACCUGCGCCGCCCUCCUCAUGUCCCCGUACUGCGGCAUGCACUCGCCCAACAUUGAGGCGGUGCUCGUGAAAAUCGGCCUGCAGUCCACACGCAUAGGCCUCAAACUCAUUGACAUUUUGCUGCGUAACUGUGCUGCUUCUGGCACUGAUUUGGCCAAUCUGAACAGUCCGCUGCUCUUUGGGAGGUUAAAUGGCCUCUCAUCAGACUCAACUAUAGACAUUCUCUACCAGCUGGGCACCACUCAGGACCCCGGUACCAAAGACAGGAUCCAGGCUCUGCUACAGUGGGUGUACGACUCGUCCCGGGUUGCUGCCCUGAAGCAGAGUUCUCUGUCGAGCUGUGUGGGUCCGAGCGCGCCGCCCUCACGGGAAUACGGGUUGCUAAUGCCAUCCCCGUCACAUCUGCACUGCGUGGCCUCCGUCUUAUGGCAUAGUUAUGAGCUGCCCGUUGACUACGACUUGCCCGGAUUGCUCAGCGGAGAGCUUUUCGAGUUGUUGUACAACUGGUCCAUGUCUUUGCCCUCUAACAUGGUUUUAAAGAAGGCUGUGGACAGCUUGCUUUGUUCCAUGUGCCAUAUCCACCCUAGUUACUUUUCUUUGCUCAUGUCCUGGAUGGGUAUAGUGGCACCCCCUGCUGCCCAGACCAAUGCACAGCGCCGAAUGGACAUGACGGACGACGGCAAGAAGCAGCAUGACUUAAACAGUGCCGCCUCCCUCACAGAUGACUCUAAACAUGCUCGGGCACCAGUAACUGUGCCCGUCACCCUCUCAGAGUGCCAGUUGGUGACCCUAGCAGCUGCAUCCCAGUCUCCAGGUGCCAUCCAGCAGCUGUUGGACUCUGGUCUGCCUUCUCUGCUUGUUCGCAGCUUAGCCGACCUUUGCUGCAACCUGUUGGUCAGUGCAGACCUUCCCUUGCCUGCAGGAUUUUCCACACAGGCAGAGAGACGCCUGUACUCGCACAACCAACCCUCAUCAUCCUCGACAAACAGGCCACCCCUGUCUCCUGAGCUGGCAGCGCCCGUAUUGCGGUUUCUAACGGAAGUAGGAAACAGUCACACCAUGAAGGACUGGUUGGGUGGGCCAGAAGUGAACCCACUCUGGACGGCACUGUUGUUUCUCCUGUGCCACUCUAGUGCCAGUGGGGUUGCUAAUGCCAGUGCAAACAAUAGCAGCAGCAGUAUUUCUGGGCACGGUGCAUCACCCAGCACGUCACACGCCAGCGCCGCAUUUCACACCUCAGGGGCGUCUUAUUCACUGGCAUCAACGAGCCGCAGCAGUGGACUCACCACUCAGCAAAGGACAGCCAUUGAGAAUGCAACAGUGGCUUUCUUCCUGCAAAGCAUCUCCUGCCAUCCAAACAACCAGAGGCUCAUGGCACAGGUGCUGUGUGAGCUGUUUCAGUCGGCUCCUCAGCGAGGGAACGUUCCGGUCUCAGGGAACAUCUCUGGAUUUAUACGUCGGCUCUUCCUACAACUCAUGCUUGAAGACGAGAAAGUUACUGUCUUCCUUCAGUCUCCCUGUCCGCUGUAUAAAGGGCGCAUUAAUGCCACCAGUCAUGUGAUCCAGCACCCCAUGUACGGAGCAGGGCACAAGUUCCGCAAACUGCAUCUGCCCAUCUCAACCACACUGUCUGAAGUAUUGGACCGUGUCUCAGACACGCCCAGCAUCACGGCAAAACUGAUCAAUGAACAGAAGGAGGAUAAAGAGAAGAAAAACCAUGAGGAAAAAGAAAAGAUGAAGGCCGAUAAUGGUUUCCAAGAUAACUACAGUGUUGUUGUUGCCUCAGGUCUGAAGUCUCAGUCAAAGAGGGCCUUGUCCACUCCUCCCCGUCCCCCGUCCCGACGAGGGCGUGUCCUCAGUGACAAGCUGGCCGCUUCCUCAGGAGUUGAUCCGUCUGCCAAAACCAUCAGCGUGCCUGUCUUCCACCUCUGUCACAAACUACUGCCGGGUCAGCCAUUGCCGCCGGAGAUGACCUUGGCCCAGCUGCUGACACUGCUGUACGAGCGCAAACUUCCUCAGGGAUACCGCUCCAUUGACCUGACGGUCAAACUGGGGUCAAAGGUCAUCUCAGACCCCGGCCUCUCCAAGACUGAUUCCUUCAAAAGACUCCGUACUGAGAAAGAUCACUGUGAGAUGCUAAGCGGCUGUCCAGACAAUGAACCAAUGACCCCGGGUGACGAAGGUUUGGAUGCUGCAGUAGAUGACACCCUCCUGGAGACCAGCCCUAUCCAGUCCCCUUUGCAGGUUUUUGCAGGAAUGGGCGGCUUGGCACUCAUCGCAGAGAGACUUCCCAUGCUGUACCCCGACGUUAUCCAGCAGGUCAGUGCCCCAGUGGUGUCAUCCACCACACAGGAGAAGCCAAAAGACAGCGAUCAGUUUGAGUGGGUCACCAUAGAGCAGUCCGGGGAGCUCGUUUACGAGGCACCUGAGACCAUCGCAGCCGAGCCUCCGCCCAUCAAAUCCUCCGUUCAAACCAUGUCGCCCAUCCCUGCCCAUUCACUGGCGGCAUUUGGCCUGUUUCUGCGGCUGCCAGGAUAUGCUGAGGUUCUACUGAAGGAGAGGAAGCACGCGCAGUGUCUGCUCAGACUGGUGCUGGGUGUCACAGAUGAUGGAGAAGGAAGUCACAUCCUGCAGUCUCCCUCUGCUAACGUUCUACCCACGUUGCCCUUCCACGUGCUCCGGUCCUUGUUCAGCUCGACUCCCCUCACUACGGAUGACGGGCUGCUGUUGAGGCGUAUGGCUCUUGAGAUCGGUGCCAUCCACCUCAUCCUGGCCUGCCUAUCUGCCCUCAGUCAUCAUGCUCCCAGAGUGCCCAGCGGCAGUGCCAACUCCAGUGAGCCGCAGGUCUCCAGCGGGCAUGUUGGUGGUACCACAGAGGAACAGCAGCUGUACUGGGCCAAAGGAACAGGCUUUGGGACAGGCUCCACUGCGUCAGGCUGGGAUGUCGAGCAGGCUCUGACCAAACAACGUCUGGAGGAGGAACACGUUACCUGCCUCUUACAGGUUUUGGCGAGCUAUAUCAACCCAUCAGGCUGCAUAGGAUCUGGUGAGACCCUCUCAGGAGAGGUCAGAGGUCACAGCAGCUCACUGUUGCCAUCUGUCCUGCAGGAACUGCUCAGCCAGUCCUGUCUCAUCCCUGCCAUGUCUUCAUACUUACGCAAUGACUCAGUUUUGGACAUGGCGCGUCACGUGCCCCUGUAUCGUGCUCUGUUGGAGCUGCUGAGGGCCAUCUCCACCUGCACCAGCCUGGUUCCUCUGCUCUUGCCGCUAUCAGGAGACGCUGCAGAGGAAGAGGAGGAUGAAGAACACACUGAGUGUCAGACGUCUGUUGGCAUGUUACUGGCCAAGAUGAAGACAUGUGUGGACACCUACACCAACCGCCUCAGGUCAAAGAAAGACAAAAGUAAAGGGGUGAUGAAGACGGAGACAUCUGAUCCUGAGCCAGAAGGCCUCACCCUGCUAGUUCCUGACAUCCAGAAGACUGCAGAGAUUGUUUAUGCCUCCACCACCAACCUACGACAGGCCAACCACGAGAGGAAGAUGGCUGAAAGCUCUAAGAAGGCAGCAGCAAGGCCCAAACCGCUGUCCAUCUUGCGCUCAAUGGAGGAGAAAUAUACAGCAGCCAUGAAGAAACUACAGUUUGACACGUUUGAGAUGGUGUGUGAGGAUGAGGACUCUAAGCUGGUGUUUAAGGUGAACUACCAUUACAUGUCUCAGGUGAAGAAUGCCAGCGACGCCAACAGUGCCGCUCGUGCUCGACGAUUAGCACAGGAGGCCGUCACGCUCUCCACCUCCCUCCCUCUCUCCUCAUCCUCCAGCGUGUUCGUUCGCUGCGAUGACGAGCGUCUGCGUCUCGACAUCAUGAAGGUGUUGAUAACAGGGCCUGCAGACACACCAUAUGCCAAUGGCUGUUUCGAAUUUGACGUCUAUUUUCCUCAAGAUUACCCAAACUCCCCUCCUCUGGUUAAUCUGGAGACCACCGGCGGCCACAGCGUCCGUUUUAAUCCAAACCUCUACAACGAUGGCAAGGUGUGUUUAAGUAUCCUGAACACCUGGCACGGGCGUCCCGAGGAGAAAUGGAACCCUCAGACCUCUAGCUUUCUACAGGUGCUGGUGUCAAUCCAGUCUCUGAUUCUGGUGGCUGAGCCAUACUUCAACGAACCAGGUUACGAGCGUUCCCGGGGCACGCCGAGUGGAACGCAGAGCUCCAGAGAGUACGACGGAAACAUUCGACAGGCCACUGUCAAGUGGGCCAUGCUAGAACAGAUCCGCAACCCUUCUGUGGUGCAGGUGAUCCAUCGGCACUUCUAUCUGAAGCGAGUGGAGAUCAUGGCCCAGUGCGAGGGCUGGAUCUGUGAUAUUCAGCAGUACAGCAGCGAUAAGAGAGUCGGACGAACCAUGUCUCAUCACGCAGCUGCACUAAAGAGGCACACGGCUCAGCUCAGAGAAGAGUUGUUGAAGCUUCCCUGUCCUGAAGGCCUGGAGCCGGACGGGGAGGAGUUUUCCGAGAAAAGCACCUCGCUGAUGGUGAAAGAGCUGCCGGGUCAGGACGCAGAGAAGCAGACGGACAGCCCGGAUGCCCACUGUAGCGACGGCCAGCUAUGAUCCCCUGUCCCCCUGAAGCCCCGCCCACCGCCUUUGACUAUCCAUUGAUAUUGAAAAAAGACUGGAUGGCUUUGGUAAUUAAGCCAUUUUUUUUGUCAAUAUUUGUAUGUAAGAAUCUAAUUAUGUAAUAGCAUAAAAAGAGAGGACAGUCAAAGCAAAGAAAGUACAAGGAAAUGAAUCCGCUUACACCCACCAACACAAGACGAACCGCUGAACUCUAUGCUCUGCCCUGAAGAAAACAAAGAAAAGAAAAGAUCCUUUUAUUUACUUGUGAAAGAGUAUCAUUUUUUUGUGCUUUUUUUCCUUUAUUUUCCCAAAUUGUUCAAUAACCACUGAUUGAUAUAUUAUUAAACUUGUUUAUGUAAACAAAAUGAAAGAUAAAAUCACAGUAUAUAUAAGGGAACUGCCUUUAGUGGAGAAUGUUUACCAAAUGUUCAUUUCUCUCUUUUUUUCUUUUCUUUUGGACUGUUAGUGCAAGGACAGUUUGUAAGUGAGAAUAUACUGGUCAUUCUUUAAGCGAACUAUUUAAAAGAAGAACGUAACGAACACGCGCCCCCAUACACACUCUUGAGUCCCCCCGAUCCUCUGGUGACCCUCUGACAGUGCUUUUGGUUUCUACAGAUGUACACUUCAAUAAUAAAGCCUGAAACGGACGUUUAGAAGUGCUCUGAUGGACUGGGUGCUCUCGUUCAGGCUGAUCAAUAGCACGUUUUGUUUUUGCCCUCUCUCUGCUUUUAAGUGCAAGUUUAAUAAAUGCAACCUGUUUUACUUUG